UUUGCACUUUGCAGUAAAACGCACAGAGCACGCACGUAGAAAUAUUUCAAAUGAUUUCUUAUUGUAAUAAUUAUAAUUUUUUUUUCAAUAAGUUAUGGAGUUUUCAAACUUAAAUGUUAAUCUAACCUCGGCAGCGGUUUUAUUGGGAUGUGCUGGUCUAACUUACUGGUUUUAUUACAAAAACAAGCUCCGCGAUGCAUCUAAUGCCUUCAAGUACUUGACUAUCAAAGUUGUGACUAAUGAAACAUUGUGCAAUGAAGUAAUACUUGAAUUAAAGAGGAGAUGCCAGUCUCAUCAUGCCAUAGGUUUUGAUUGUGAGUGGGUGACAGAGCAUGGCAAGAGAAAUCCUGUGGCACUGCUGCAACUGUCUUCAUUUGAUGGAUACUGUGGUUUAAUUCGUCUAAAUCAACUAAAAUAUGUACCUGAUUCAUUAAAGGAACUUUUAGAAGACAAGAGUAUUUACAAAGUGGGCUUGGCCCCUAGUGACGAUGCACGGUACCUCCACCAUGACUAUGGCGUUGCCACAGAAGGCACUCUGGACUUAAGGCACAUAGCCCACCUGGUUGGGCACAAGGUCGGUGGGCUCGGGGCCUUAUCCCAGUCCUUACUGGGCGUUGUCUUGGACAAAAGUUGGAGGAUUAGAUGCAGUGACUGGGAGGCCGAGGAUCUCUCCACGAGGCAGGUCCGAUACGCGUCGGCCGACGCGCACGUCGCCAUCAAGAUGUUCGUCCGCCUCGUCAACGAUCUGAAUAAAAACAACCGUUGGUUGUCAAUGAAGAGGAACGGAGAGAUUUGGGACAACCUCGACAAGUUCUGCUGGCAGUACUGCGAUAUACGUUUUAAGACGAAUAAGAUGGACAGACAAGGGAAAAAUGACACUAACAAAGUAAAGCAGUUGAAGAAGAAAGAUAAAGAGUUGGUUUCGAGCAAGCGGUACCCGCACGCGGUGCGCUCCCGGCCGCUCUACCAUAAUUGCUUUUUGCAGGCGCCCGAUGGCGACCUUCUGUGCACUUGUGACGACAGAAAAGCUAUGUGGUACGUCGAGAAACAGAUAGCAGACGUGGUUAAAGACGAUCCAUUAACCGUCCGCCUUCGCUUCGAACCAUCUGGAAGGGCCAAUGGCAGCGUGGGCGCAUACUACAAGCUCACUAAAGAGAAUAAAUGCGUCGUGUGCGGCGCUGGUAACAUCUACAUUCGGAAGAACGUCGUGCCUAGAGAGUAUAGGAAGUAUUUCCCUGAGGUGAUGAAAGAGCACUCCUCCCACGAUGUGGUCCCGCUAUGCGUGCCCUGCCACCAGCGAAGCAACAUCAGCGACCAGGCCGUGCGUGAGCGGUUAGCAGACAAGUGUAGCGCGCCGCUUGACGUCAAGCGGUCCGCUAAGUACGCAGAGGAUGUUACCUGCAAAAAAAUUAGAUCAGCCGCCCGCGCGUUACUAGUCCAGUCCAAGAAACACGUGUUACCGGAAGAUAGACGCAAGAAAUUAGAGGCGGUGUUGCUAGAGCACUACAAGGAGCAUGAAAAGAUCACGGAGGAACUGCUUGCGGAGGCUUCCGAGAUCCAAGUUAUGUUCGAAAACUCUGAUUACGAGAGCCACGGGCAGAAGGUGGUGGAAUAUUUCGUGGCGCACGGAGGGCUCUUGCAGCUGGAGCAGAUGUGGCGCGAGCACUUCCUGCAGACCAUGCGGCCGCAGCACAUGCCCGAGCUGUGGUCCGUCAGGCACAACGAGGAAAGAUUGCGUAUAAGGCUUAGCGAAGGGCGGCUACCUAAAGAAGAUAUGAAAUUGAUCGGAAUCACGGGCUGGCUGACGUGAUUUGAUUUAUUAAUAUUAUUUGUGUAUUUUUUAAAUAAAUAGUUAUGUCUUUAUGAACAAUUCGAAUGAAAUGAAAAUCUUUUACAUUAUGAUCAGCAAAAAAUAUGAAAAGUACCUAAUAUUUUAUUUUUCAACAUGACUGUUUAACUGCAUUUUGUGAUCAAGACUGUAUCAAUGAAAACUAUUUUUUUACUGUCGAGAACGAUACGUAUUUUAAUUUUUAAAGGGUAAAACUCCCUUAGGCAAAGUGUAAAUGUAAAUCUCAUGUCUUGUUAAUAAUUAUUGUACAUAUCUAAAAUAGAACUAGUGGCCUGUGUUGACUGUACUGUAAUAUUCUUUGACUAAAUAAAAUAUUAGUUUACAUCUCAA